AGCCUGAAAUAUUUGAAGACACAACCCAACCUUUCCAGGCGGCAGAAAGGAUCAACGAAAAUCUGGGUACCCAAUUACCCUCCUUUGCGCCAGUUACUACUCGAAGAAUACCACGACGUCCUAUACGCCGGACACUUCGGUAGCAACAAGACGCUGACCGGUAUUGCAAAACACUACUACUGGCCCCACUUGGCAGAGGAUGUUAUGAAGUUUGUCACCUCGUGUGAUACAUGUCAGCGGAUGAAGAGCAGCAAGCAGAAAAAACCGAGACUACUGCAGCCUCUUCCAGUCCCAGAACAGCCAUGGCAAGUGGUUAGCCUGGACUUCAUCACCGGGUUACCACCUACCACCAGCGGUCAUGACGCAAUCCUUGUCAUCAUCGACAAGUUCUCCAAAAUGGGACACUUCAUCCCGACACACACGAUGGCACGCACCGAGGAGACAGCACAACUCUUCGUUCGUUACAUCAUCUCACAGCAUGGCAUUCCAACCACACUCAUCUCCGACCGAGACCCCAAGUUCAUUAGCAAGUUCUAAAAGGAACUUAUGUCUCUCCUCGGGACCA